AUGGCUACAGUGAAGAUGCAAAAGCCCAUCUGUUUGAUUGACAAUGAUGAAAGUGGGUGCAUGUGUGUCAGGAGAGAGGCACUGGAGAUUCUGGAGGAGAUCACACAGCCUGUGGUGGUGGUGGCCAUAGUGGGGCUCUACCGCAUUGGAAAAUCCUUCCUCAUGAACAGACUGGCUGUAAAAAAUGAUGGUUUUGCUCUUGGAGCCACCAUAGAAUCUAAGACCAAUGGCAUCUGGAUGUGGUGUUUACCUCAUCCCACUAAAGAAGGACACACUCUAGCGCUGCUGGAUAGUGAGGGGCUGGGAGAUGUGGAGAAGGGGGACACAAAGCAUGACACCUGGAUCUUCUGCCUGGCUGUUUUACUCAGUAGUACUCUGGUCUACAAUAGUAUGGGAACAAUCAACAAUGAUGCCCUGGAGAAAUUGCACUAUGUGACCAAACUUAUUGAGGAUGUAAAGGUGAAGUCAGGCUCAAAAGAUGAUGACCAGUCAACAGAAUUUAUAUCAUUCUUCCCAUCGUUAGUUUGGACAGUUCGAGACUUUACUUUGAAACUCGAGCUGGACGGUCAACCCAUCACUGCAGACCAGUACUUGGACAAUGUUCUGAAGCUCAAACCAGGGUCUUCCAAGGAGACUGAGCAGUACAACCUGCCCCGGUACUGCCUGCGUAACCUCUUUUCUCCUUGCAAGUGCUUUGUGUUUGAUUGUCCAGCAAGUGGGGAGAAAAUGAAACAGAUGGAGCAGCUAACAGACACAGACCUUGACCCUAAAUUUGUGAUCCAGGUGGAGGAUUUCUGCAACUACAUCUUCACUAAUGCUCAAGCCAAGAUCAUGAGAGAAGGCCUUGGAAUGACUGGCAGAAUGUUAGGGAGCCUGGCAGAGACAUAUGUUGAGGCAAUCAGCAGUGAGCAGGUGCCCUGUCUGGACAACGCUGUUGAGUCACUGUCACAAAUUCAGAACAAACGUGCAGCAACUGAAGCCCUGGAUUUUUAUGAGCGUGAGAUGAAACAAAAAGUGCAGCUUCCCACAGAAACACAGGAGCAUCUGUCUGAAAUCCAUACAGAUAUACAAAGAGAGGCGGUUGAAAUCUUCAUCAAUUGCUCUUUCAGUGACUUCAAACAGAUUCAUCAGCUUGAGCUAAUGAGGAGAAUGCAGAGUGUCUAUGAGGAGUACUGUAGAGAUAAUGUGGAGACAUCUCGCGAAAUGAGCAAAGCUGCCAUAUCUCGUGUGUUUUCCUCACUGCAGACAGAACUGAAGAACAGGUACUGCAUGCAGCCUGGGGGCUACACAGACUACCGCAGUGCCCUGGAGAGAGCGACUGAGCAGUACAGAUCAGAGAAAGGCCAUGGACUCAUGAGUGAGGAGGUGCUCAGUGAGUACCUGAGUGAGAAGGAGGAGAUCGGACACAUCAUUCUGGCAGCAGACAAGUCUCUCACAGAAUCUCAGCAGGAGACUGAAAGGUUGAAAACUGUGACGGAUGAGCAGCAGCGAAGGGCUGAGGAAGAGCAGAGUAGGAUCAAGAAACAGCAGCUCAAGGAUCAGCAGAGAACCUAUCAUGAGAAUGCUGAACAACUGCUGAAGAAGUUGGAGAAAGAACAAGGGAUCACUAAGCAAGAGCUUGAACGUGUGCUGAAUGUCAAAAUGAAGGAACAGAGAGAGCUGCUGGAGGAGGGCUUUGAAAACAGAGCUAAGAAAAUGCAGAGAGAAAUUGAUGGCCUGAAAGAGAACAAGAGUGAAGUUACAGCGGCUUGGCCAUCUCUUAGGAGUAUGCUGGAAGCCUUGGAGGAAGUUGCCAAGAAUUUUUUACCUGGCAUUGGAAGAUUGGCUUUGGCUGUCCUCAUUGCUCUUGUGAUUCUGGACCCUAACACUGCUCACCCAGAACUCAUCCUGUCUGAAGAACUGACCAGAGUGAGAUUCUGUGAGGAGACAAAACAACAGAUUCCUAAUGAUCUGGAGAGAUUUGACAAUCAUCCAUGUGUCGUGGCGUCUGAGGGUUUUGAGUCAGGAACACACUCCUGGGACCCUGACAUCGGCAAGAGCAAACACUGGGAACAGGAGAAGCACACCUGA